AGCGUCGAUUUUAACCCAUGCUGAAGAGACUCAAUAUUGGAAAAAGAAUCUUAAAUUCAGCAAUCGGAACUCUUUCUUACUACGACCUUUCUCAGGUAUGUUGGCAUGARAAAAUAUAUCAGACAAUCGGACUCAACAUGAAAGUGUGAUGUGGGAUGGGGUAUUGRUGAGGAGCGAUUCAGAACACACAGGGGAGGACUUUAUUGGAGGAUGGGAAAAAGGAGGGAGUGGAUUGUUCACAUCGGGAUUGUGUCGGGAGAGUAUCUUGACAGAUAACAUGCCACGAAAGAAUCUCCGAUGUUGCCUCUCGCUUCUAAAUCGGUCAGAGAGACUUAUCCGAAAAURUUCUUUUCGAGAUUCAAUAGAUGAGGUCUAGAUUUGCUUUUUCCUAAAAAAAAAGCCAGCAGCACACAACACGAGGAGGCGAGACGCGAUUUAGACACAAACGAGUGCAUAGCGUUAAACAUUUACCAUCAGUGCAGGGGCAAAUGGCGAUUCCUUUCCAGUUCAUUACUUCACCAUCCCAUCAUCAUACUCGAACCGAUUUUGAAUCACGAGCUCCAUUGCAGCUAUUUUCCAUCYCGCAAUCACGUUACUGAGUCACGCCGUGCUUACAUUGCGGAUCGUGACAGAAUWUCCAUCGUGUUCUUUUUUUCUUUUGGACUUCUACCGUGUUGCUGUACUAUCACAGUUACUACCCUUUGACAGAUAACUUCGCUCUGACAUUCUUUUUCCGCCGYUUCAAACUUGUAGACACAUAGUACCACUCGAAACGUAUUCGCAAAAAAWUAUGACGACUUUAGAUAACCACCACAUCGUGAAUAGCCACUCUUCUGUAGGCGCCAUCCAAGUGACUGGCAAUGAUACCUCUAUCAAGACCGAGAAUGGGAAGGUUGUCGUCGAUGAGGAGAUUGACAGUUGUGAAGGGGAAGAUUAUGACGAGAAGAAGAUGUUUCAGGUGGCGUUAGUCAAUAGUGUGAUGGAUAAAGGGGGGAAUGGAAACGGGAAUUGUUUGCCGCAGCCGGAAGCGCCGGGCGAAAUGAGCCCUCGGAGCAAAGCGCGUUAUGCACUGAGGAAGCGAAGGCGACCCGGCGAGGAAGCUGCGCCUGCUCCUGAAAUGGACAUAGCAAUAAAAACCCAGCAAGACACUGUGACCGACUUUGAUCCACUCAAUGAGUUGCAACAUGUGCAGGAUAGAAGGGGCGUAACAUCCACAUCACUGCAGACGAUACAACUACCGUUGCCUCCGCCAAUAAAGAUCAAGCAAGAGCAAUUACCGGUGCAUCCUGUAAAUGCUAUGACUCAUACUAGUAUAACCAUAAAGCAAGAACCGAAACAGGAACUUUGCACAGGGGCGAGUGCUGGGAGGCUUGCACAACCGGGGACAAUAUCGAAGCCGCUGAAUACAUCACAAGCGUUGCUCCCGUGUUUAGCCGCAACUAUACCACARCAGAACAGGCAACAGUCGUUGAUGAAAUCCACCAAUGUGUCAUAUCCUGCCAAACCUUCAGUCACGAAGAAGAAAGCACCACGUAAACGAAAGCCAAAAGCCCAAAAGGUAACUGCACAAACGAAGGUUGCCGAGAGACUCUCGACUCCUGUGCCAAAUCCAUUAUUGGCCGCGAGCACGCCACCGGCGCACCCAUCUAUGAACCACUGUGCAAGGCAAGAUGCAGCCAUUUCUUCAACUUCGUCAGUACCUUGUCCGCUUCCUGUCCCAUCGCCGUUAGAUUUAGGCAACUCGAUUCAGGUCAAGGCACCGAAGACAACUUCAUACAUCCCUCCUUUCGAUCCUACCAAACUAACCAAGGUGUCUGAAACUUCAGUGUCCAGGAUGGAUCCUCCCCCAAUUCAAAGCAGGACACGUGUUUUCUCAGUUGAUUUGGAUCGURAGUUGUUUUAUAUUUCACUCUGGUCACUGAAUGUAUGACUCCUCUCUCUUUUGUUGCUUAUYUCCCUGUUUCUUUGUGAUUUUGUGAUCUUGUGUUCCUUUAGCAUCUACGUUUGAUUUUUCAGAUUUAAGCUCUAUCACUGGUGGAAAUCCAGACAAAGCCUCUGCCGACUCUGAUUUACCCAUAUUCCAAGGCCGGGACCGUGCCUUUUCGUUCGAAGUAUUUAAUUUCGCUGGCGGCGAUGACCUUCUACCCAACCCUGUAUCGAGCACUCCAAUGCUUCAAGCGCCAUCGUUAGGUCCUGUAAGUGUUGAAGCCCAGAUAAGUCGUCCCAGAGGAGAUUCAAUUAUUUUCGAUCCUGCUAGCUUUCAAGAUGGUGGCAUUCACGAAAAGAAUGCUCUUGAAAAGGCUAGRUUCAAGGAUUUGCUUCAAGUUGCACCUCCACAGCAGCCCCUACCACAUCCCGCACGUCGUGUGUCAGCUCCGAGUGGUGGUGGCAUAACGGGAACCUAUUCAACUUCUCAGUCAAACAAUCCAUUGCCUCUCAUGCUACCCCCGGGCUCAUCACUCAACCAUACAAAUACCGUGAUCGGUGGUCARAAUCGCGUUUCACACCCAGUUCAAAGUAGCAACAUAAUAGUUACUGGGAGUAAAUCGCGAUCGAUGCCCACAAACGCUAGUAGUGGUGGGCGCAUUACUUCCUCAAAUAGAAAUUCUUUGAGUAACUCGGCACAAAUGGCGACUUUGCCUAGCUCGCUCAGUGGCGGAAACUCAUCAAAUGCACAGAGUCCACCGACCUUUCAAAUGGAAUUACUCAACAAAGAUGGUCGCAUUGGAAUAUACUUACCGGAAGCCCGAAGGCUUCGUAUCGCUAGAUUUCAUGCUAAACGCAAAAUGAGGAUAUGGAGAAAGCGUAUCAAAUAUGAUUGCAGGAAGAAAUUAGCGGACAGUCGACCUCGUAUCAAAGGUCGUUUUGUGAAAAGAUCUGAUAUGGAUUAAAUGAUGUAGAAUGUCUAAGAUACUGUAGCMACAAUUCUUUUUGUUGGACAAUAGUUUCACAAAUCCAAAAAKUCAUACCGGUACCGUGCAAAUAGAUCAUUGUAGAACCU